ACGACAGCCAUGGGGACUCCAUUUAUUUUCCCAGUAGGGCUUCUGUUGUUGCUGCUGCUCUUCACCGCGGCCCGCGCUCAAACUGAAUUCCACAUCAACCGAGUGUGCUCAACUUGGGGAAACUUUCACUUAAAGACCUUCGACGGAGAAUUCUUCCAGCUGCCAUCCACCUGCAACUAUGUCCUCACCUCAGACUGCAAGAACAGCUAUGAGGAUUUCAACAUCCAGAUCAGACGAGAGAUAGUCAACGGCUCCGCUACCAUCACUGAGAUCGUCAUGAAGCUGGACGGGGCUGUGGUUGAGAUGACCAAGACUUUUGUAGUCGUCAAUGGCCAGGAGGUAUCUCUGCCAUCCAUCGUAUCUGGUGUGUCCAUUGAGAAGGUCUUCUCUUCGUUGACCAUCAAAGCUAAACUGGGAAUCAGUGCUUUUUGGAAUAUGGACGACUCACUUGAUAUUGAAAUGAACGAGAAGUAUCAGGGCCUAACGUGUGGACUUUGUGGAAACUUCAACAGUGUGCAAGCCGAUGAGUUUCUUCAAAAUGAUGUCAAAUUGAGUGUGGCAAACUACGCAGACCGGUUCAAAAUGGACAAACCCACCGAGAGCUGUAAAGACGAUACCCUUCCAGAAGAAAUCAGUGACUGUGGAGACCAGGAUUUCUGUGAAGGAAUUUUUAAUCGUUCUGCAUUCAGCGAUUGCACAAACCGCCUGGAUACUGCAGCCUUUACCAAGGUGUGCCUGGCUGACAUGUGCCAGUGCGGUACAGAUGAAUCCUGCGUCUGCAAAACAGCCUCUGAGUUCUCCAGGCAGUGCAUUCAUGCUGGUGGUGUACCCGGAGACUGGAGGACAUCUUUUUGCCGGAGGAGCUGUCCUUAUAAUAUGGAGUUUAAAGAGUGUGGCAGUGCAUGUCCCAACACCUGCUCCAACCAGCAGGCCAGCGACACCUGUGGCUUCCACUGCCACGACGGUUGCUAUUGUCCUAAAGGAACGGUCUUUGACGACGUCACCAAAAGUGGCUGUGUACCAGUGAGUGAAUGUUCAUGCAGGCACAAGGGUGAAGUGUACCAGUCCGGAGAGUCCUACUCCCUCCCCUGUUCCACAUGUGUUUGUUAUGGCGGCCUGUGGAAGUGCACGGAGAAGGACUGCCCGGGCACCUGCUCUGUAGAGGGAGGCUCCCACAUCAACACUUUUGAUGGGAAGGUGUUUACCUUCCAUGGAGACUGCUCAUACACAUUGACCAGGCACUGCCAGGGGUCCCUGUUCACCGUGCUGGUGGACCUGGUCCAGUGUGGUCUGGCUGACAGUGAAACCUGCCUGAGGGCUGUGACUCUGGGUCUGUCCACCAACUCCUCCACCAGCCCCACUCAGGUCAUAAAAAUCCUUUCAGGAGGCCAAGUCUACGUAAACCAAAUCAUUUCUCAGCUCCCCCUUUUCACCGCCGAACUGAGCAUCUUCCAGCCCUCCUCCAUCUACAUGCUCAUCGACACAAACGUGGGCUUGCAGCUCAUGGUACAGCUCUCGCCCAUCAUGCAGAUCUUCGUCACCCUCGACACGUCCCUGAUAGGAACCACUUGUGGUCUGUGUGGAAACUUCAACAACAUCAUGGCUGAUGACUUCCGGGUGAUGAGUGGACUGGUGGAAGGGACUGCAGUCGCCUUUGCCAACUCAUGGAAGACCAGAGCCGACUGUGCCAACGUUAUCACACGCUUCGGACACCCCUGCAGCCAAGGAGUCUCCAAUGAGCGCUAUGCCCAGUACUGGUGUUCCAAACUAACAGACUCAAAUGGAGUGUUUUCCAGCUGCCACGCUGUGAUCGAUCCAAAAAUAUACAAAGAUAACUGCAUGUAUGACAGCUGUAACUGCGAGAACAGCGAGGACUGCAUGUGUGCUGCGGUCUCCUCCUACGUGUACGCCUGCUCCCUCGCAGGGGUCAAGCUCAGUGAUUGGAGAAGCGUCAUCUGCAGCAAAUAUGCGUCAGCCUGCCCUAAGGAAACGGUAUACAGCUACAACAUGACAUCCUGCGGCCGCACCUGCCGUUCCCUGAACCAGGUGGACUACUCCUGCAAGGUCAACAUGGCAGCCGUGGAUGGCUGUGGGUGUGCAAUGGGCACCUACAUGAAUGACAAUGGUCAAUGUCUGAACAGCUCCAGCUGUCCCUGCUACGACCAGGAAAACAUCAUCAAUGCUGGGGAGACUGUCACCAAAGAUGGUGUCACAUGCUAUUGUCGACAUGGAGCUCUCGACUGCAGAGGGUCAACCCAAUUACAGAUCAUUCAGACCUGUUUCAAUCCCAUGGUCUACUUUGAUUGCUCUACUGCUGGAAUUGGCUCCAAUGGCGUUGAAUGUCAGAAGAGCUGCAACACUCUGGACAUGGCCUGUAUCCAUACAGGGUGUGUGUCAGGAUGCAUGUGCCCCUCUGGCCUGGUGUCGGAUGGCAAGGGGGGCUGCAUCUUGGAGAGCAGCUGUCCCUGUGUCUACAAUGGAAACACCUAUACACCUGGGGAGACACUGUCAGUGGACUGCAACCAAUGCAAAUGCACCAACCGGAGGUUUGAGUGUACCAAAAAUGUGUGCGAUGAAGUCUGUAGUAUAUAUGGUGAUGGACAUUACUCCACUUUUGACGAGAAGAAGUUUGACUUCAGUGGACAGUGUGAAUACACUCUCAUCGAGGACUACUGUGACGAAUCAAGUGGAACGUUUCGAGUCAUCACAGAGAAUGUACCCUGUGGAUCCACAGGGACAACCUGCUCCAGGGCUAUCAAGAUCUUCAUGGGGGCAAAUGAGUUCCAGUUGAUGGAUGGAAAAUACUCUAUGGUUAAAGGCAAUGGUACUGAGUUCCCGAUCCAGGUGCGCAAGAUGGGCCUUUACAUGGUCGUGGUUCUGAAGCAGGGACUGGUGCUUAUGUGGGACCAGAAGACCAGCCUCUUUAUCCGAUUGAGCGCAACAUACCAGGGUCAAGUGUGUGGUCUAUGUGGAAACUAUGACGGCAACAGCAAGAAUGAUUUUACCACACGUUCUGGCGAGAAUGUGGUUGAUACUUUGGACUUUGGCAACAGCUGGAAGGUGUCAGGCACCUGUCCAGAUGCUGAGCUGGCCAGCGACCCCUGUUCUGCCAAUCCUUACCGCGAAGCCUGGUCCAAAAAGCAGUGCAGCAUCAUCAACAGUAUUACUUUCAAGAAUUGUCACUCAAAGGUGGACCCUGGUCCUUUCUAUCAAGCCUGUGUCACAGACUCCUGCGCUUGUGACACUGGUGGUGAUUGCGAGUGCUUCUGCACAGCCGUGGCCGCAUAUGCAAAAGCCUGCUCUGAAGCCAGCGCAUGUGUCAGAUGGAGAACCCCAAAGAUCUGUCCUGUGUUUUGUGACUACUACAACUAUCCCAGUGGCUGUGAGUGGCACUACAAGCCAUGUGGCGCUCCCUGCAUGAAGACCUGCAGGAACCCAACUGGGAACUGCUCCAAUCUCAUCACCGCCCUAGAAGGUUGCUACCCAAAUUGUCCACCGACCAGUCCAUUCUUUGACGAGGACAACAUGAAGUGUGUUUCCAUUGACCAUUGUGGUUGCUACGAUGUACAAGGCAAUCACUAUGAUGAUGGGGCUGUAGUCCCAUCAAAGAACUGUUAUGUCUGCUCAUGUACUAAUUCUGGAAUAAGCUGCAUACAUGAUGUCACCACUUGCAAAUGUUUAGUCAACGGUAAAUUCUACCCAUAUGGGGCGGCAAUUUACAAUACCACUGAUGGACUAGGGCAUUGUAUCACCGCCACAUGUGCGGCAAAUGAUACAUUAGUCCGAGGAUUGUAUCCAUGUGUAACCACAACCACUCCGGAGCCAUCCACAACACCUCUUAUCACAACCACUGUGGCCAGCACAAUCACAGAGAUCUUCACAACACCAGGCCCAUUCACAAUCUUCACAUUUUCAACACCUGAACCAUCAACUUCCAGACCGACCGAAACUACAAAACAGAAAGAAAAUACAACUGCACCAACAACAGUUGAAACCUCAACAGUGGAAAACAUCAAUCCAACAACUACUGCUACAACAGCUGUAGUAGAAACCACUACCUCAGUGCCACAGCCCUCAACAACUAGCCCUGAAACAACAGUUGUAACUUCAACACCAACCGUUGAGACGGUGACAACAGUGACCACAGUGACUACAACAGAAGGUACUACAGAAAAACCCACCGAAACUUCAACAUCCGAGGUUUCAACAGCUGCGACUCCCUCAACAACUAGCCCUGAAACAACAGUUGUAACUUCAACAUCAACCGUUGAGACGGAGACAACAGUGACUACAUCAGUAACAACAGAAGGUACUACAGAAAAACCCACUGAAACGUCGACAUCCAAGGUUACAACAGCUGCGACUGUAUCAACAACUAAGCCCCUUAAAGAAGAAACCACUGGCACAACAACUGCUGCUACAACAGCUGUAGUUGAAACCACCCCCUCGGUGCCACAGCCCUCAACAACUAGCCCUGAAACAACAGUCGUAACUUCAACACCAACCGUUGAGACGGUGACAACAGUGACCACAGUGACUACAACAGAAGGUACUACAGCCAAACCCACUGAAACUUCGACAUCCGAGGUUUCAACAGCUGCGACUGUAUCAACAACAAAGCCACUUAAAGAAGAAACCACUGGCACAACAACUGCUGCUACAACAGCUGUAGUUGAAACAACCACCUCAGUGCCAAAGGCCUCAACAACUAGCCCUGAAACAACAGUUGUAACUUCAACAUCAACAGUUGAGACGGAGACAACAGUGACUACAGUGACUACAUCAGUAACAACAGAAGGUACUACAGAAAAACCCACUGAAACUUCAACCUCCGAGGUUUCAACAGCUGCGACUGUAUCAACAACAAAGCCACUUAAAGAAGAAACCACUGGCACAACAACUGCUGCUACAACAGCUGUAGUUGAAACCACUACCUCAGUGCCACAGCCCUCAACAACUAGCCCUGAAAUAACAGUUGUAACUUCAACACCAACAGUUGAGUCAGUGACAACAGUGACCACAGUGACUACAACAGAAGGUACUACAGCAAAACCCACUGAAACGUCCACAUCCAAGGUUUCAACAGCUGCGACUGUAUCAACAACAAAGCCACUUAAAGAAGAAACCACUGGCACAACAACUUCUGCUACAACAGCUGUAGUUGAAACAACCACCUCAGUGCCACAGCCCUCAACAACUAGCCCUGAAACAACAGUUGUAACUUCAACAUCAACCGUUGAGACGGAGACAACAGUGACUACAUCAGUAACAACAGAAGUUGUAACUUCAACACCAACCGUUGAGACGGAGACAACAGUGACUACAUCAGUAACAACAGAAGGUACUACAGAAAAACCCACUGAAAUUACAACCUCCGAGGUUUCAACAGCUGCGACUGUAUCAACAACAAAGCCACUUAAAGAAGAAACCACUGGCACAACAACUUCUGCUACAACAGCUGUAGUUGAAACCACUACCUCAGUGCCACAGCCCUCAACAACUAGCCCUGAAACAACAGUUGUAACUUCAACACCAACCGUUGAGACAGUGACAACAGUGACCACAGUGACUACAACAGAAGGUACUACAGCAAAACCCACUGAAACGUCCACAUCCGAGGUUUCAACAGCUGCGACUGUAUCAACAACAAAGCCACUUAAAGAAGAAACCACUGGCACAACAACUUCUGCUACAACAGCUGUAGUUGAAACAACCACCACAGUGCCACAGCCCUCCACAACUAGCCCUGAAACAACUGUUGUAACUUCAACAUCAACCGUUGAGACGGAGACAACAGUGACUACAUCAGUAACAACAGAAGGUACUACAGAAAAACCCACUGAAAUUACAACCUCCGAGGUUUCAACAGCUGCGACUGUAUCAACAACAAAGCCACUUAAAGAAGAAACCACUGGCACAACAACUUCUGCUACAACAGCUGUAGUUGAAACCACUACCUCAGUGCCACAGCCCUCAACAACUAGCCCUGAAACAACAGUUGUAACUUCAACACCAACCGUUGAGACAGUGACAACAGUGACCACAGUGACUACAACAGAAGGUACUACAGCAAAACCCACUGAAACGUCCACAUCCGAGGUUUCAACAGCUGCGACUGUAUCAACAACAAAGCCACCUAAAGAAGAAACCACUGGCACAACAACUUCUGCUACAACAGCUGUAGUUGAAACCACUACCUCAGUGCAACAGCCCUCAACAACUAGCCCUGAAACAACAGUUGUAACUUCAACAUCAACCGUUGAGACGGAGACAACAGUGACUACAGUGACUACAUCAGUAACAACAGAAGGUACUACAGAAAAACCCACUGAAACUUCGACAUCCGAGGUUUCCACAGCUGCGACUGUAUCAACAACAAAGCCCCUUAAAGAAGAAACCACUGGCACAACAACUGCUGCUACAACAGCUGUAGUUGAAACAACCACCUCAGUGCCACAGCCCUCAACAACUAGCCCUGAAACAACAGUUGUAACUUCAACACCAACCGUUGAGACAGUGACAACAGUGACCACAGUGACUACAACAGAAGCUGUAGUUGAAACAACCACCUCAGUGCCACAGCCCUCAACAACUAGCCCUGAAACAACAGUUGUAACUUCAACACCAACCCGUGAGACAGUGACAACGGUGACUACAGUAGUAACAACAGAAGGUACUACAGCCAAACCCACUGAAACUACAACCUCCGAGGUUUCAACAGCUGCGACUGUAUCAACAACAAAGCCACUGAAAGAAGAAACCACUGGCACAACAACUGCUGCUACAACAGCUGUCGUUGAAACAACCACCUCAGGGCCAAAGCCCUCAACAACUAGCCCUGAAACAACAGUUGUAACUUCAACACCAACCGUUGAGACAGUGACAACAGUGACUACAGCAGUAACAACAGAAGGUACUACAGCCAAACCCACUGAAACUUCAACAUCCGAGGUUUCAACAGCUGCGACUGAAUCAACAACAAAGCCACUUAAAGAAGAAACCACUGGCCCAACAACUGCUGCUACAACAGCUGUAGUUGAAAGCACCACCUCAGUGCCACAGCCCUCAACAACUAGCUCUGAAACCGCAGUUGUAACUUCAACACCAUCCGUUGAGACAGUGACAACAUUAGGACAAACCGAAGGUACUACAGUAAAACCCACUGAAACUACAACCACCACCUCAGUGCCACAGACCUCAACAACUAGCUCUGAAACCACUGAAGCGACAAAAUUAGAGGUAACAACUGCUGCGACUGUAUCAUCAACACAGCCACCUACAGCUAACCCUCAAACAACUAAAGAGGCAACUUCCAUACAAUCACUAACAAAGACUCUACCGCCUACUGCAAGUUUUCCCCCAACAAUUACUACAGCACUUCCUGAAACAAGCUUCACAACAAGCAUAACAACGGUUGAAUCAAUUCAAACAGGGACUACCGCAACUUCGUAUGUACCUACUACAGAGCUUUUAGUACAUAAAACUACUACCGGUAUUCCUUCAACUACGUCAUGCAAAUGUAUUGUCAAUGGAACAGAGUAUCUUCCAGGCCAAAUGCUGUACAACCGGGAUGACGGUUUGAAGUUUUGUUACAUAGCCCAUUGUGGACAGUCUUGUAACAUUACCACAUCUGUGCUGCCAUGUUCAACAACUGAACUGCCAACCACCACUGCCGCCAGCUCUACCACACCAGGGGUCAGCUCUAAAGAAACCCUGCCUACUCCUACUUCAGUUUCCACCCCUGCUACAACACUUGGACACUGUGUAUAUCUGAGUGAGAAGAAAGAGAAUGGGGAGACAUGGACUGCUGACAACUGCACCACGGCCUCCUGCAUCAAUGGCCAGAUCGUUCAGAACUCUGUUCCCUGUCCAUCUGUUGAGAUGCCCCACUGUUUAAAUAACAACACGGCUAUUCGGGUUACAGAUGAAAGUGGAUGCUGUUAUCACUACGUAUGUCCAUGUCAGUGUACCAGCUGGAAGAAAACUUCCUAUAUAACAUUUGAUGGAGAAUUGUACAAUUUUAACAAGAACUGCUCCUAUUACGCAAUGAAAGAGAUCAUUCCAAAAUACAACCUGACUGUAAUAGUAAACAAUAGAUAUUGUUUGAAAGAGGACCCCACAUUCUGCCCCCAAGCGCUCAUUGUAAACUACAAGCAGUACACGAUUGUCCUGACAUCAGAAAAUAAUGGAUUUAGCGAUAUGGUGCUUUUGAAUGACAAACGCAUCUUCCCUGCGUAUACCAACAACGACUUGCAAAUCACUGGUACCAAUAUGAUCAUCACAUUGCUAAUACCAGCUCUCGAUGCUAAGAUCGUCUAUGGUGUCACAAAUGGGGAAUCGUACUUCGUUAUCCAUUUAUCCCCAACACUCUUUAGCGGGACCACAGAGGGACUAUGUGGUACGUGCGACAACUCAAUAGCCAAUGACUGCCGCGGGCCGAACGGACAGUUGGAGGAGUGCACCGAUUCCGCUGGCAAAUGGCUUGUUCCUGACACACCCUGUGGAACAUCCACUGCCCCGCCCACUGUGUCCACUUCAACCAUAACACCAGGCACCAGCCCCACUCCAUGCCAGACCACAGCCUGUGACAUCCUGAACAGCAGUGUGUUUUCCCCAUGCCACUUGCAUGUGUCCCCUAAUCCAUUUAUGGAGACCUGUGAGUCAACCAUCUGCAAUGGGAAAAAUGUGUGCAUGAACUUUGCGGUCUACGCAAGCAAGUGUGCCCAAGCCGGAGUCUGCAUCGACUGGAGGAAUGCCACAAAUGGCCAAUGCGACCAUGAUUGUCCUAGCCACAUGGUGUACAACGCAUGUGGCCCACCUGUGGUGCCAACAUGCAACUCCAAGUAUAAUGAAAUGUACAAUUCUGAGAUACAAAUACAGAACGGAACAUCACUCCAGGAGGGCUGUUACUGUGCACCCGGCACAACACGAUUCAACACAGCCUACGAUGUCUGUGUGACGUCCUGCGACUGUGUUGGACCUAACGGCAUGCCAAAGCAGCUGGGUGAGAGCUGGAAAAGCGAUUGCAAUAACUGCCGCUGCGACAAUGAAACCAUGAGCGUCCAGUGUACUCGUGUGCCCUGCGUGGCAGAGCCCAGCCCCGACUGUAGCGACCCCGGCUAUAAAUCUGUUAACAAAACAGUUGACUGCUGCCUCAAGGAGACAUGUGAGUGCGAUACCAGUCGGUGUCCUGCCGUAUCAGCUUGCCCCAUAGGAUUUGAAACCAACGUCACGAAGACCAGUGGAGAUUGCUGCAUAGACUAUUCCUGCGUUCCGAAAGAAGUGUGUGUCAACAGCAGUGUGGAGUACUCACCUGGGUCAAAGGUUCCGUCCUCAGAUCCCUGCAACGAGUGUUCCUGUAGCAACAAUAUGGAUGCACAGACAGGACUUCUCUCCGUUGUGUGUACACCUGUCAGAUGUAACAAAACCUGUGAAGCGGGUUACGAGUACCAGGCUGUUAAAAACAUGUGCUGUGGCAAAUGUGUCCAGAAGAGCUGUAUCAUGACCUAUAACAACACCAAGUAUAUCACACAGAAUGAGACGUGGUCGCCCCCUGGUGACAGCUGUAUUGAAUACACCUGUGAUUUAUCCACAACACCGCCUACCGCCAUCGAGUCCAAAACCAGCUGUGCCCAAUACAACCCAGAGGAUUGUGUGCCUGGCACCGAGACAACAGACUCUAAAGGAUGCUGCAAGACAUGCCAACUGCGCAGUGUGUGUGAGUUGAAGACCGAGGUGACCGUUAUUGAGAUUGACGGAUGUAAAAACCUGGAACCUGUCCAAAUGUCCUUCUGCUCAGGAACCUGUGGAAGUUCAUCCAAAUUCUCCGCAGCUGCAAACAAGAUGAUGCACAAGUGUGCAUGUUGCAAGGAGCUGACCACCAGUGUGAAGGAGGUGCAGUUGACGUGUGGCGACGGCUCCACCCGUACACAACAAUACACCAGCGUGGACUCGUGCAGCUGCGAGGACUCCGCCUGCGCGACGCAAGGGAAGAGACGCCGCAGACGCUAACGCAAACGAACAGCCAUCGGCGCGAUCCCGAAUAUAGGCUACGCCCCAUUGACUUUCCUAAUUUUACUGUAAUGAAACAAAUUUCUAGAAUGAAACAAAUACUUGUACUAGGUGUCAUUUGUUGUGACAUAUUUUCCCACAUAUUUGUAUUGACAUCUACUUUAGACUAGAUGUUUUGUUUUGUCACUAGAAUCAAAUAUAAUUUUCUGCAACCAUAAAACUGAAUUGUUUU